CCGUGUCACAACUUUUGGUGGAUUACCCCAGUUCUUUUCAACUACGGGUGUAGGCAGUGUCAUCCCCUUCCACAGUCACUUCGGUCUCCACGACGACUAACGACCAUCAGCAUCACCCGAAGCCUCAAGAAGUUAGACAGGUCUGUGCGUUCUGCUUAAAACUUUGUGCUUUUUUCAGGCGGGAUGAAGACGCAACUGUGAAUGAAACAGAAGAAACGGUCAAAGAACAAAACCGUUCCAAACAUCAUUUCAGGACUGUGAUCAAUCAUUUCUUUCCCUUGCACCGCCAAGAUGAAUACAUCUACUUCUCAAGUGCACAGUAAGAUACACUCUUGGCUCUUGCCAGCGUUCCUGCUGCUCGCUGUCCUCGUGCUGGAGGGAUCGGGUGCAGCGGCCGGUGCUGGGAACGCCGCUGGCUGCUCGUCUUGUGGCAUGCCGACGAUGGACAAAGGCUCAGAGGAGAAGCUGUUGAUCGAAAUCGCCAAGCAGCAGAUCCUCAGCAAGCUGCACUUGAAAGAACGACCCAACAUCACGCAAACCGUGCCCCGAGCGGCUCUGCUCACAGCUCUGCGCAAGCUGCACGCGGGACGCGUGAGACAGGACGGCACGCUGGAUCUCGAUAACAGCCUGCAGAACACACGCGCAGGAGACCAAGCUUAUGAAAUCGUGAGCUUUGCAGACAUGGACGACAUGGAUUCCAGCGGCGCCCAGCCCAGCCUGGCCUUCCAGUUCUUGCAGGAGCGCGGUCACAGCGUGCAGGUACUGCAGUCCUCGCUGUGGCUGUACGUGCACUCAGCCGAGUUUCCUCACAGAGACUCCCGUGCCACCGCGCAGAUCUACCUCUCCGGGCAGGGCGGCGCCAACCGCACGCUGCUGCUCCAGAAGACGCUGGAGGUGCAGAGGGGCAGCUGGCACACCUUCCCCAUCACCCACACCCUGCAGGCCUUCCUGGACGGGGGGCAGAGGCGGCUGCGGCUGGAGGUCCUCUGCGGGACGGGCGGGCAGGACCUGUGCGCCCUGAGCGCGGCCACCAACACCUCGCACCAGCCGUUCCUGGUGGCGCAGGUGCGCCUGCGUGACGACGGCUCCAAGCUGGCGAGGAGCAAGCGCUCGCUGCGCUGCGGCGACGACGUCAGCGUCUGCUGCAAGAAGGACUUCUACAUCAAGUUCCGCGACAUCCAGUGGCAGGACUGGAUCAUCGCGCCCGAGGGCUACCACAUGAACUACUGCAUGGGCCAGUGUCCCCAGCACCUGGCCGGCUCCCCGGGGAUAGCCUCCUCCUUCCACGCCACGGUCUUCAGCCAGCUAAAGGCCAACGGCAUCCACACGGCGGUGUCGUCCUGCUGUGUGCCCAUCCAGCGCCGCCCGCUCUCCAUGGUCUACUUCAACUCGCAGCACAGCAUAGUGAAGACUGACGUGCCCGACAUGAUCGUGGAGUCCUGCGGGUGCACGUAGACCCUGGGUCGCAGAGAAAGAGAGAGAGAAUUUAGACUGAGGCACAGCUGGGUAUCUGACUCAGGCUUUAUACAGCUGGAAUGCAAAACUCACUACUCUCAUGGUCUCCGCACACAUGCACUAUCAUACUCUCACAAACACACACAGGCCUGCUUCUCAGCCGGCCAGAAUCCCUCGUUCGGUUCUGUGGGUAGUUAUAGGACAUCCACAAGUAAAUAUGCCACAGACACCUAAGAACUAAAGGCAAAAAUGAAAAAAGAAAAAAAAAAACAAUUGAGCCUUCACCUCCAGUUCUUACUCUCCACGACUUUUCUAUUUUGAGUUUUGUUUAGACUUCUGUUUUCCUUGUGUUUGUUCAUUCCCUUGUCCGUGUCUUGUGUACAAGUUGUUGCUGAAAGAUGUGUUACUGGGACAAAGUGCACAGUGCCUGAGCUGGGAGGAAAUGCAAUAA